GUCACCGUCCAUCGAGGUGAUGAAGUGGAAGGUGAUGCUGGUGAAGCCAUUGAUGUCAUUAGCACAGCAACACAGGACAACCUGAGCACAUUUAAUUCAAGUCAGGCAGUGAAUAGCUUUUUGGAGGAUGUGUCUGCCUUGGCUAAAGCUCGGCAGAAACUUACCACUAUAGUUGAGAAGAUCAACAUAGCUACAAUGAAUGAAAAUUCAUCCUCACUUACACAUCCAGAAGUAUUAGGUAGAAAAGUAACUUGGUGUCAGGAAGCAGAGCAUCAUAUGCGCACCAUCAUAGAGAACAAGGAUUUGCUUAUAUACCACUUGCAACAGCCUCUAGUUGCCAACUUCCUUACCAUGCAUUAUCAUUACCACAAGGACCUGAUUACUUUAGUGGGAGAGCUUGUUGACAUACUAAGCAAUGUUGAUUCACACAUACGCCUAGUUGAAGAUCAUGCUCAAAACUCAGUCCUCAAGAGAUCGGACAGUUGUAUAAGUAGUCUGACUCACACUGUAACAGACUUACGUAACACACUUGGUGAUAUAUCAGCCCUGCAGUCGCUCAUUACAGGAAUGCUAAAUGUUCAAGAAUAGCAGUUACUAGAAAGCUUCUACUUCAGCAGGUAACUGAAGUGUGAAAUCAUUUGUAAAAUUAGUUCUUAUUGUAUUUCCUGAUCUUUGAGAAAACAAAGAUUUUAUGUGAAAGAAAAUGAAGCUCAUUCAUCUAA